AUGGCCGCGAAAGCGAUCCCCUCCCACCUGAGAGCUCAGGCAGAGUCCAGCGGAGAAGGCGAGAGCCCUUUCCAGCGCAAGCAUCAUGGAAAGUCUCAGUCUCACAUGGCUUUCGAGAAUGCAUCCACUAGCGUCGCUGCUUCUCAGAUGCGCAAUGCUUUGAAUGCUCUUUCCGAGACUGUUGAGGACGGCAACACUAAAAAGCGCUUCGAGGCUGAGAUGGACAACUUCUUUGCUCUGUUCCGACGCUACUUGAAUGACCGCGCCAAAGGCAAUGCCGUUAACUGGGACCGCAUUGCCCCCCCGCAGCCCAGCCAAGUUGUUGACUACGCCGAGCUCGGAAACUCGGCUUCCGUUGAGUUCCUCAACAAGCUCGCUGUCCUCAAGCUCAACGGUGGUCUUGGUACAUCCAUGGGCUGCGUUGGCCCCAAGUCGGUCAUUGAGGUUCGUGAAGGCAUGUCGUUCCUUGACUUGUCUGUUCGCCAGAUUGAAUACCUUAACCGCACCUACAACGUGAACGUCCCAUUCGUGCUCAUGAACUCCUUCAACACCGACGAUGACACGCAGAACAUCAUCAAGAAAUACGAGGGACACAACAUCGAUAUUAUCACCUUCAACCAGUCUCGCUACCCUCGUGUCCUCAAGGAUUCGUUGCUCCCCGCUCCCAAGAGCUUCGACUCUCAGAUCUCCGACUGGUACCCACCUGGCCACGGUGACGUUUUCGAGUCCCUCUACAACUCUGGAACCCUUGACAAGCUUCUCGAACGUGGCGUUGAAAUUCUCUUCCUUUCCAACGCCGACAAUCUGGGUGCCGUUGUUGACCUCCGCAUCCUCCAGCACAUGGUGGACUCCAAGUCCGAGUAUAUCAUGGAAUUGACCGACAAGACCAAGGCUGAUGUCAAGGGUGGUACCAUCAUUGACUACGACGGCCGCGUGCGUUUGUUGGAAAUUGCUCAGGUUCCCAAGGAGCACGUCAACGAAUUCAAGUCGAUCAAGAAGUUCAAGUACUUCAACACUAACAACAUCUGGAUGAACCUCCGUGCCAUCAAGCGUGUGGUCGAGGAGAACGAGCUGGAAAUGGAAAUCAUUCCCAACGAGAAGUCGAUUCCGGCUGACAAGAAGGGCGAGGCCGACCUUUCCAUCAUCCAGCUCGAGACAGCCGUUGGUGCCGCCAUUCGCCACUUCCGCAAUGCUCACGGUGUCAACGUCCCUCGCCGUCGUUUCUUGCCUGUCAAGACCUGCUCUGAUUUGAUGCUUGUCAAGUCGGAUCUGUACAGCUUGCAGCACGGCCAGCUGGUCAUUGACCCCAACCGCUUCGGGGGUGCUCCCAUCAUCAAGCUGGGAUCUGACUUCAAGAAGGUUUCUGAUUUCCAGAAGCGCAUUCCCAGCAUCCCUCGCAUUGCUGAGCUUGAUCAUCUCACCAUCACCGGACCUGUGAACUUGGGACGUAAUGUCACUCUCAAAGGCACAGUUAUCAUCGUUGCCAGCGAGGGCAGCACCAUUGAUGUUCCUCCGGGCUCUAUCCUUGAGAACUGUGUUGUCCAGGGAAGCUUGAGGAUCCUGGAACAUUAA